AAAAAAAAAAAAAAAAAAAAAAGAGUAACUACGACUAAAUAAUAUUAAAAAAAACCUGUGAUUACAGAUAUAAGCAAACGUAACCGUGCUGCAACACAAAAAGUUUUGCAAAAAUAAGCCAAUAUAAUAAAUUUUUAAAAUCCAGAAGAGGGAAGUUCAACGCCGUAAGAAGGAAAGCAGAAAAAAAAAAAACGGCAUUCAAAUCGAAUUUGCACGACGGAGGCGACACUAGUAACCAUAACACGACGUGAGGAGAGGAAAUAAAAACGCCACCAAAAAAAAGGAAAAAAAAAUUGUCAAAAAAAUAAAAACUUGUCUUUUAAAAAGUUAUUAUUUAUUUGAGAUCAAUAACCGAAUAAACUUAUCAGACAAUAUUAAUUCAAAGUUUGUCGAUAAUUCGGAAAUAUUUUUCAUAAUCCAAAGAGUGUGGCGCAUCGUGAGUGUUUCGAGGAAGAGAAGGGUGCAAAAAACUUGGCAAGGAUCCUUAGCAAACAUCAUCGAAAGAGCGCUAUUGAAAAGUGACAUUAAACACCCUGGUGAUAUUGGCAAACACGUCUAAAAGCAAUAAUCCUGUGCAUUACAAAAUCAUUUAUAGCUUUAAAAUCUGAAUAAAUUUUAUAAAAACGGCCAAUUUUCAACGAAACAUUUAUCCAACGCCCGCUGUGACAUCAAACAACGCUCAACUGGCACCGCAAAAUAAUAACGGAAACGUCGUUCCAAUUACUGGCAUCAUUACUUUAAAGAGACAGCAGCAAGAAAACGCAAUGGUAAUGGAUGCAACGCAACCCCAACAACCAUCACCACAAUCGGUUGGACGCGAAUUUGUGCGCCAAUAUUACACGCUUCUGAAUAAGGCCCCCAAUCAUUUGCAUCGCUUUUAUAAUAACAAUUCAUCGUUUGUACAUGGUGAAUCGACUUUGGUUGUGGGUCAAAAAAAUAUUCACAAUCGUAUCCAACAAUUGAAUUUUCACGACUGUCAUGCUAAAAUCAGUCAAGUGGAUGCCCAGGCAACAUUGGGUAACGGUGUUGUGGUGCAAGUAACUGGGGAAUUGUCGAACGACGGCCAGCCAAUGCGUCGUUUUACUCAGACGUUUGUUUUGGCUUCUCAAUCGCCCAAGAAGUACUAUGUACAUAAUGACAUUUUCCGUUACCAGGAUUUGUAUUCCGAUGAGGAAAUUGAUGGCGAAUCGCGCUCAGAGAACGAUGAUGAGCAUGAUCAACAAGUAGCAACCCAAACGGGUCAGGUAGUACCAGGUACAGCUACUAUAACCGAGCAGCAGCCAGGACAAGUGUUAACGUCUGAACAACACCAACAGCAAAUUCCCACUCAAGUCGUCGCUGGUGGAAGCGGUGCUGCCGGUGUAAUGUCACAACGAGCUCAGGCCGUCUAUUAUUCGAUGCCAACAGGAGCAGGGACCCCAAUGGCCGUGUUGCCUCCACCUCCUGGUGCUGCUCCAGUUCCACUUGGAGCUAAUUUUGCUGCGGCUGGAGUUCCUCCACCACAGCAACAGUCGGUGCAAACGAACGCUGUUGCUGUGAAUCAAUUAAAUGGAGUUGUUGGCCCUGAGGAAUUAUUAGCAACUAUGCCACAACAGAAUGUGGUCCAGCAGCCUCCCUUAGCAAACCAAGCACCCUCACCAGUGGUUCCUCAACCUGCAGGGGCGGUUUCUGUUGCCACUUCUGCUGUAAUUGCUCAGGUUCCUACAUGCGUGUCUGGUGUUCCAGUAGUUACGGCAACCACUGGCUUGCCGCAGAAUGUCGUAACGACCAUGCCCAGUUAUCCACAACAAACACCUCUUAUACAAACACAUAUCCUGCAGCAGCAACAACAGCAACCCCCACAACAACAGCCAAUACCAAAUUCAGUCUCGCAACAAACACAUAUGCAACAUCAACCAGUGCAAAAUUUAACAACCAGCGCUGCAAUGACGGAUGUUGAUGAUUCUAUUUGCAGCAUGGUCAUUACUCCUAACGCAACGUUGCAAGUAGAGCAAACCCGUCCGAACACAGCUGCAAAUGUGGUAGCUAGUGGACAAUCUUCUUCCUCAUCCGUGUCCGGUGCCGUUCCCGAAGUAAAUCCAGCUCCCGUUGUCGAAGAUUUUAAAAUAAUUAAUGACCAACAGCAGCAAGAGAAAUAUGAAGCCGCCAAACAACAACAACAAAGCGAACCUAAAACGUACGCUAAUCUUUUCAAAUCGACUUCUUCGUCUCCAAGCAGUUUUGUUAACGCCGCCUUGCAACAGCAACAACAAAUUCAACAACAGCAGCAAUCUAGCAGCAGCGCGUAUCAAACAACUGGAACAAUUUCGUCUACAACGUUUUCUCAAUCGACUCUUGGGAACACAUCAAUGUCCAUAUACGGUAAUCGGGGCAACAACGAGAAUAAUUCUUCCGCGCGUCAAGAUACUAAUAGCCAAGGUGCCCCAUUACCUCAACGGCAGAACGCUAAGGGCUUCAAUAAAGACUUUGAUCAACGACGUACUAACAAUAACCAACAAUUUGGUGAUAACCAGCAAUUGUUCCUGGGAAAUAUACCACAUCAUGCCUCGGAAGAAGAACUAAAGGCACUAUUUGCACGUUUCGGUACGGUUGUUGAUUUGAGAAUAUUAUCCAAAGGUAGUAACAAACUGCCACCUGGCAUACGUAAUCCACAAAAUUACGGCUUCAUAACAUACGAAGAUGCAGAAUCAGUGCAAAAUUGUUUAGCCCAUUGUCCGCUAUACUUCCCUGAAAAUUCUCCGGAUCGCCAAAAACUUAAUGUUGAGGAGAAAAAGCCCCGUGCUCGAACUAAUGAUUUGCCUCCACGUCAGUCAAUGGGUGGCGGUGCAGGCGGUAUGAACAACAAUAUUAAUAAUAAUCAAAGAAAUAUGAAUAGCAGCGGACCAGCUUCCCGGUCCUUGUCUAAUUCGGGCAGUGCAGGGGGCAGUAUGAUGCGUGGCAAUAGUAAUAAUAACAAUAACAUGUCACGCGGUGGCUCCAGCGGGCCACGUAUGGGUGGCUCUUUCAAUCGCAGUGAUAAUCGUGCCUCGAAUGGCGGCAGUGGCUCGCAGAUGCGUGGUUGCAACAAUAAUGCACAAUCGUCGAGCAGUAGCUAUGGUGUACGGCGCUAACCAUUAAUAUUUUUUUACCACCCGCAACCUCAACCACCACAAACAGCGACAACAGUGGCAGCAGCAAUACAUCAAGCUCGGUACACCGGUCUGGGUACAACCGCGACAACCACUAACACCGUGGUGGCUUCGGCCCCUCUACCUCCUCAUCCACCUUCUACACUUAUACUUAACAGCAACACUAACAGUGACAACAGUAUCAACAUUAAUUAAUAUAAUCUUUAUAAGAUGAUGUACACGAGAACUUGGUGUUCCUGUUUACGUUACAGAGUUCAACUUUAUUUUAUCCAAUUUUAUUUUUUUAACAUUUUUUUUUUUGUAAUUGUUGUCAACAAUGGAAUUUUUUUUUUUUUUUGCUGAAUUUUUUUUUUUUUUUUUAUCUUACGCGGCGCCACUUAGCUAUUUUAAUGAUGUUGAUAGUAAUUUUGGGUCGAAUUUUCUUUAACGGCGCUGCGUAUCGUUUUCUUACGUAUUUUUAUUUUUGUUUUUUUUGUAAGUAAUAUAUAUAAAAAAAAAAAAAAAAAUGAAAGUUCGUAGCUUAGGUCUUGACCUUAGUGUAAAAGGGGGAGAAUUGGACAAAAAAAGAAACUGAAAAUAUGAUACUUAAAAAAGCCUUGAUGUGUAUGGGUGAUUGUCGCUGCUGUUUCAUUCCGCUACCACUAAUUACUCUUCAUUAAUAUUCUUCUUUUUGGCGAUUAUUGUUUAGUCCGAUGUUCAUAUGGCUUUGAUGAAAAGAAUAAAAAAUUUUUUUUUUUUUUUUUCCUUUAUCACUACACAAAUUUCAUAUUAUUGUUGAAUUUAUAACUGUUUACUAUUUUAGAUUCCUUUUAAACUAUAGAAAAAGA